CCGACGGGUUACCGUCUCGGAAACUCUCAAUCACGCAAGCGAAAGCAGAGGAGGCGGCUAAUUAAAUAUUGAGCAGAAAGUCGCGUGGGGAGACUGUCACGUGGGCCUCGAAGCUCGUCACGCCUGGUAUAAAUACCGGGAAGCACGGAGCAGGCGAAAGAGCGCGCUCGGACCUCCUCCUCCUCCACCGCCGCAGCCAGCGCCAGUGCGGAGCCGGGAGGCGCGCGCGUCGCAGCCGGGGACCCGGGCCUGAGCGCCGCAAAAUCCAAUAUGAAAAUCCUCGUCGUCUUGGCAGUCUUCUUCCUGGUUUCCACACAACUGUUUGCAGAAGAAAUGGGCGCCAGCGAUGAUCUAAAUUACUGGUCCGACUGGUCCGACAGUGACCAGAUCAAGGAGGAGCUGCCGGAGCCCUUUGAGCACCUGCUGCAGAGAAUCGCCCGCAGACCCAAGCCUCAGCAGUUCUUUGGACUAAUGGGCAAACGGGAAGCUGAUUCCUCAAUUGAAAAACAAGUGGCCCUGUUAAAGGCUCUUUAUGGACAUGGCCAGAUCUCUCACAAAAGGCAUAAAACAGAUUCCUUUGUUGGACUAAUGGGCAAAAGAGCUUUAAAUUCUGUGGCUUACGAAAGGAGUGCAAUGCAGAAUUACGAAAGAAGACGUAAAUAAACUGCCUAACGUGUUAUUUAUUCAGCUUCAUUUGUGUCAAUGGGCAAUGAAAGGUAACAUAAAACAUGCACUAUGAGGAAUAAUUAUUUAUUUAAAAACAAUUAUUGUUAUGAGUGGAAAACUCAGAAAAAGUGUUUAUUUUUCAUAUUGUGCCAAUAUGCAUUGUGAACAUGUGUUAUAAUUCUAAUAUGACUCCUUCAGAAGUGGAAAUAAAUGGGGAUUUCCCAUGACAGCACAGUGUUCAGUGAAAUUGUAAAUGCCUGGUCUCCAAAGGAAGAAAUCAUAGAUCUGAAGCAGCCACGACGGCUGCCGCAAAUAGCGCGGAACUUCCUCUGCAGAUGUGUUCCUUGUUGGUUUUCAUGGUGAGAAAGCACCGAGACCUUGGUAGCAAGCGGUAUUUGUAUCUCUGCAGCAUGUUUCAUGUUUGGGGCCUAUAUAAAGAUGUUUUAAAGUUUUAAUGUGAACCUAAAGUCUUGAUUUAUUGUAUGAUGUGUUGUGAUAGCUACCAUUUUAAAUAAAAGAGAAAAUAUCUUGA